GCUGGAGCCUUAUUUAGUAUUAUCCCUUUUAUCCAAGAAGGCCAUGCGGUCCAGUGCAGGCUCAAGCGUUCUCUGAACUGAGAGAGAGCCCUACGGUGCCACCCAUGGCGGCUCAGCUCUCUGGGCUAUGUCUGCCUAACUCUAUUUUGCCAAGCAACUUGCUUCGAGUCCGAAGCGGACCCUCGGUGACGGCUCUGGCAGCGGCCACUCCUCCUUCCGCCCCCAUUAUUCAGAUUGUUGGUGAAAAAUAUCCAACUUUAUACAGAAAUGGGAAUGACAGUGCUAAUAAAAGAUUUGAGGGUAGCCAAGGAGAGACUGAUUGGAUUGAUCUGGAUGCUGAUCUUUAUUACUGGACGAAGGCACUUCGUCCUGUUCAGUGGUAUCCUGGCCAUAUUGCAAAAACAGAAAAAGAUCUCAAAGAGCAACUAAAGUUGAUGGAUGUUGUUAUAGAGGUGCGGGAUGCAAGAAUUCCAGUGUCCACAGGCCACCCACAGAUGGAUUCAUGGCUUGGUAAUAGGAGACGAAUUUUAGUUUUGAAUCGAGAAGACAUGAUAUCCACUGCAGAUCGAAAUGCUUGGGCAACUUAUUAUGCGAUGCAGGGAAUGAAGGUUGUCUUUUCCAAUGGACGAUUAGGAAUGGGUACAAUGAAGCUUGGCAGGUUAGUGAAGUCAUUAGCAGGUGAUGUGAAUGUCAAACGCAGAUCCAAAGGGCUCCUUCCUCGUCCAGUUCGAGCAGGAAUUGUUGGCUACCCAAAUGUUGGUAAAUCAUCUUUAAUUAAUCGGUUGCUGAAGAGACGAAUGUGUCCAGCGGCUCCCAGACCAGGUGUAACAAGAGAAUUAAAGUGGGUUCAUUUUGGUAAAGAUUUAGAAUUGCUGGACUCUCCUGGUAUAAUUCCAAUGCGAAUUAGUGAUCAGUCAGCUGCAAUAAAGCUUGCAAUAUGUGAUGACAUUGGGGAGAAAUCAUAUGAUGUUGACGAUGUUGGUGCUAUUCUCGUACAGAUGCUCAGAAAGCUCCCAGCAGUGGGCACGCAAGCUCUUUACAACCGCUACAAGAUUGACGCAGAUGCUCACUGUGGUAAAGUAUUUGUUGAGAAGCUUGCACUUCAACUGUUCAAUGGGGAUAAGCACCAAGCCGCAUUUCGUGUCUUGACAGACUUCCGGAAAGGUAAGUUUGGUUGGGUUGCACUAGAGAGGCCUCCAAGGUGACUGAUUUAUGGAAUGCUUGCUUUGAAGGACUGGGCUUGUUUAGCUCUGUUAAGCCCUUUAGAUGCCUAAAAGAUGGAGGUCUUCGGGCAGACUCACAAGUAUGGAUGGGGUGCACCAUAUAAUUUGGAUUGGUAUGUGGCCUACGAGGACAAGGGUCUAUAUGGGGAAGAGCAUUGGCCUGAGGACAAUGGACGGCCUCUGCAAAAGGCUGCAUAGGUUAGGAAUCACAUUUUACUUGGUUUGUAUUUAUUUUAUUGAUUUCAAGUCAUGACUUGUAGAUUAUGUACUUCCAUGAUUGAAACAGGUGUGUAUUGAAAAAUACAUCUUUAUUUGAUGUAUAUAGAUUCCAAAUUGUAAGAACACUAUCCAAACUUCCAGCUGUAAAAAAUUUCAAAUCUUUGUUGAGCACCA